AUAGGAUAACCAAAUUUUACUUACUUUACCUUGAAAAUUAAAGAAGUGGUACCGGCAUACCAAACCAAACCUACCUAUACAGUACAAGACACUACUACAGUACAAGACAUCAUGGUUGUAUUGAACAAUCAGAAACCACAUUUUUCACACUCUCUUUCUCUUUUCUUUCAAUUUUCAACGUCAAUCUAAGCAUGCCACUAUAUUCCAUUUAACUUUCUCACUUCUCAGAAACUCACUCCAUUUCCUCUUUCUCUUUUUAUUCCUAACAUAACAUAACCGAUCUCUCUCUCUCUCUCUCUCUCUCUCUUCCAAACUCUCAAUCCUCAAUAUCUCAGGUAUAAUAACGUAUCUCUAUCUAAGUUUUCGUGGAAGCUGAUUAUUGACAAUGAGCAAUCUUAAACUAGGCGUGGAAGUUGUGGGUGCUCAUGACCUUAUGCCCAAAGAUGGCGAGGGCUCGUCUAGUGUUUUUGUCGAACUUCAAUUUGAUAAUCAGAAGUUUCGGACAACUACUAAAGAAAAAGAUCUAAAUCCCGUAUGGAAUGAGAAAUUUUAUUUCAUCAUUGCUGAUCAAAGCAAAUUACCAAACCUCACACUUGAUGCCUGCGUCUACCACUACAAUGGCAAAAACAAUAGUUCCAAAGUCUUUCUUGGUAAGGUCCGUCUCACGGAAACCUCAUUUGUCCCGGAUUCUGAUGCUGUUAUAUUGCACUACCCUCUGGAAAAGAAACUCACAUUUUCUCGCGUAAAAGGAGAGCUUGGUUUGAAGGUAUUUGUUACGGAUGACCCUUCUGUAAGAUCCCCCAAACUUCUUUCUGAUGAGGAACCCUCUUUGAAUUCAGAACAGCACUCGAACAAAGAUCAACCACCGGGAUCAUUGACAGAUUCGAUCCUGAACAUGUUUUCUCGUAAGAAAAAUGUGUCGAAGCACACAUUUCAUACCAUUCCUGGUUCUAAUAAAGAAGAACAUCGAUCUUCUCCACCAGGAGCUGCAAAGUUGAAUGUGGACCAUGGGAAGCAUGAAAUGAAAUCUGGACUUCCUCCGAAACUCAUGCAUGCAUAUGCAGAUUCGUUGCAUCCAAUUGAUUAUGCACUCAAAGAGACGAGCCCUUCUCUUGGAGGGGGACAGGUAAUUGGCGGGCGAGUUAUUCGUGGGAACAGGCCAUCCAGCACCUAUGACCUUGUUGAACCAAUGCGUUACCUUUUUGUACGAGUUUCAAAAGCUCGCGACCUUCCAUCAAAGGGUGUGACCGGGAGCCUUAAUCCAUAUGUGGAGGUAAAAGCUGGAAAUUUCAAAGGAACUACAAAGCAUUUAGAGAAAAAUCAGGAACCUGAAUGGAAUGAAGUGUUUGCCUUUGCAAGGGACAAUCUACAGUCAACAACAGUUGAAGUUGAGGUGAAAGACAAAGGUACGAUACUAGAUGAAACUGUUGGCACUGUGAGGUUUGUUCUUCAUGAUGUUCCUACACGGGUUCCACCAGAUAGUCCAUUGGCUCCAGAAUGGUAUCAGAUUGACAAGAACGGGAAAAAGAAAAAAGGGGAGGUGAUGCUUGCUGUAUGGUUUGGCACACAAGCUGAUGAAGCUUUUCCUGAUGCUUGGCAUUCUGAUACACUCUUCCCUGGAGAAAACUCUUCAGUUUCCCAUCAUCAGAUGCGAUCAAAAGUUUACCAUUCACCAAGAUUAUGGUAUGUACGGGUUAGAGUGAUUGAGGCACAAGACUUGAUUCUGUCAGAGAAAUCACAAAUCUCAGAUGCCUAUGUUAAGGUGCAGACUGGUAACCAGAUCUUGAAGACAAAAGCGGUUCAAUCGAGGACGAAAAACAUGCGUUGGGAUCAGGAGCUGAUGUUUGUUGCUGCUGAACCGUUUGAUGAACCAUUGAUCCUUUCUGUUGAAAACCGCAUUGGUCCAAACAAGGAUGAGACACUUGGGGUGGCUGUUGUUCCUUUGACCAAGGUUGAUAAGCGUGCCGAUGAUAGAAUUAUCCGUACUAGGUGGUAUAACCUUGAACAGUCCAUGUCAUCUGCGACGGAUGAGGAACAUGAGAAGAAAAAUGAUGUGUUUUCUAGUAGAAUUCACCUCAGUGUCUGUCUUGACGGCGGGUACCAUGUUUUUGAUGAGUCAACUUAUCAUAGUAGUGAUCUUAGACCCACAUCAAGGCAGCUCUGGAAGAAGCCAAUUGGCAUCUUAGAACUCGGUAUUCUAAAUGUUGAUGGUCUUCAUCCGAUGAAAGCCAGGAAUGGAAGAGGGACAUCUGAUGCAUACUGUGUGGCAAAAUAUGGGCGAAAGUGGGUUCGUACUCGAACUCUUAGUGAUACUCUUGACCCAAAAUACAAUGAGCAAUACUCAUGGGAAGUUUUUGAUCCAGCAACAGUUCUCACAGUAGGAGUGUUUGAUAAUUCUCAGGUUAAUGGUCCUGAUAACAAAGAUUUGCUAAUUGGUAAAGUUCGGGUCCGAAUCUCAACCCUUGAAACUGGCCGUGUUUACACAAAUGCUUACCCUUUACUGAUGCUUCAUCCUUCGGGUGUUAAAAAGAUGGGUGAACUUCACUUGGUCAUUAGAUUUUCUUGUUACUCAAUGGUUGAUUUGAUGCACUUAUAUUUUAAGCCUCACUUGCCAAAAAUGCACUACAAAAGGCCCCUUAACGUUAUGGAACAGGAAAUGCUGCGACAACAAGCUGUCAAUGUUGUUGCUGCCCGCCUUAGUAGGGCUGAGCCUCCACUUAGGAAGGAGGUAGUUGAGUACAUGUCUGACACAAAUUCUCAUCUUUGGAGUAUGAGGCGCAGCAAGGCAAACUUCUACCGUUUGAUGACGGUUUUUUCAGGGUUUCUUGCAGUAGGGCGAUGGCUUGGGGGAGUUUCCACCUGGAAUCAUCCUAUGACAACAGUAUUGGUGCACAUUCUUUUUGUAAUGCUUGUGUGUUUCCCUGAACUUAUUCUACCAACCAUGUUUCUAUAUGUGUUUGUUAUUGGGAUGUGGAAUUGGAGAUUCCGCCCGAGAUGCCCACCUCACAUGAACACCAGACUCUCUUACACAGACAGAGUAACUCCCGAUGAGCUUGAUGAGGAAUUUGACACAUUUCCUUCCACAAAGAGCCCUGAUGUAGUGCGAUGGAGGUAUGACCGGCUAAGAAGUGUGGCUGGAAGAGUUCAGAGUGUUGUUGGAGAUUUAGCUACUCAAGGAGAGAGGGUUCAAGCACUUGUGAGCUGGCGUGAUCCUCGCGCUAGUACCAUGUUCAUGGCAUUUUGCUUUGUGUCUGCUCUUGUGUUGUAUAUGAUCCCCUUCCAGGUACCUAUUCUUAUAUGUGGAUUUUACUUUAUGAGACACCCAAUGUUCCGAAGUAAGGUACCAUCGGCACCAGUUAACUUCUACCGCAGGCUACCUGCCCUCACAGAUGGCAUGCUUUAAAUGGACUGCAUGGUGUGUGGUUAUUGUAUUUUUACCUACCGACAGCAACACUGUCAUCGAGUCUUUUUGCAGUGAUUGUAAAAUAGCUAUCUUGUCAAGUCUUGUUUUAUUUUAGUGUUGAGUAUAAUUGGUGGAGAUGUAUCUAUACAUGCUGUGGAAAACUAUUAUGCAGUUUUAUGCUUUCAAGCAUUUCCUGCAGUAGCAUUUAAUUUUAUGCCAUUAGGAACCAUGAACCAUGAAACUAGUUUGAUGAUGACUUGAGGUCAAAAAACUCUGAUGAACUUUUAAUGCAAAACUUGUAGAGGUUUUUUUUUGCCGCCCUACCUACUUCUCGUGCGCCCUACGCGUUUCUAUUUUAACCUUCUGCUGUUUAAGUAGCGGACGUUAUGAAAAUGAGAAAUUUUUGACAAAUUUUGAAUAUGCCGUCCACUACCUAAGUAACGAACAGAGGUAUUUUAGUAAAUUCGUAGGGCGCUCGAGAAAAUGGGUAGCAUGACAAAGAAAUUCUCAAACUUGUAAGUUUUUGAGAAGGAAAAGACAAAGGAUAAUGUAAGAAUCCUUUCAAAUA